AUGUCUGGUUCCGAGCCCAUCCCGGAGGAGGAGCCAAAUGGAGUUGAGGAAGAGCAAGCCGACCAGGAAGAGCAAGCCGACCAGGAAGAGCAAGCCGACCAGGAAGAGCAAGCCGACCAGGAAGAGCAAGCCGGCCAGGAAGUCAAACAAGGAGAGGUGGGACAAGAUAAAGAAACAAAAGUCACGGAGAGCGGGCUCCCUGGCCGGAUCCUGAGCGUGGGUUUGCUGCACGAGUCGCUUGAACGCUCCUCGAGUGAGGCACCGGUCUUUACAUUGACGUCCAACGACCACUUGACGACCAUCCCCGUACGGAUCUGGAAUGAUGCCAUCGAAGAGCUCGUCUCUCCGCCCGACCGACAAUACCACGGGCAACCUGACCGCAUUCUCCUCCAGGUCCCGCAAUGCCAGAACCAGAUUGUCAGCACGCCGUGGGACCGGGACAGAGACCUGCUUUGGUUCCACCACAUAGACAAGGCCGUCGAGACAAUGCCAGAGGGGUUCAAGUCGCGGAAGCCGUAUAGGCUCAGGAGAAGGGCAGGUCAGGGCCAGCCGAUAGGUGGACCAAACAAAGGAGAUUACAGAGUCGACCCAGAUAAGAAGGACCCAUUUUACCUGGGACUGGGAAACAUCCAACCCCUGCAUCCGCGGCUUCCGCCCAUGGCCAAGAUCGCCCUGGAGCCGCAGCUGGUCAUCGACUUCCCUUGCAGCCUCGCCAAACCCUGGACACCGAGCGGCAGGACCCUGCUCUUGGCCAAGUGCUUGCACGCUAAGCAACUGAUCAUCUUCCCUGCCCCGCGCGACAGGAGCACGGUCGAGGCAUUGACGCCGACGGAUCUUAGCCCUGUAUCCCUCCGUGGUGCAGACCAGGGCACCCUCGACAGGGUUGCACGGGCAAUCUUCAACGCGGUGUCAGAGAUCAACAAUCGGCAGUGGCGACAGUAUGGUGGACAGCAGAGCGCCGGUCUCUCUCCCCCGCUACAGGGUAGUCAACGGCGUCAGGAAGAGCUGAGGCAGUACCAGCGCCACCUCCCAGCUAAUCGGGCCGUGCUGAGGGCCUUGUUCAACGAUACCUCGCCCGGGGCACCACACUGGAAGUUUGUCGCCACCUCAACCGAUGAAGAUGAUGCUAAGCUGGAAUGCUCCGGUCCGUCAAAGCGUACUUGAGGCACACCGCAGCUGGAUCAAGUGAACAGGACGCAGCGGAUCCGGGCUCUGAGUCGGGGAGUGAAGUUCUGACUGGAGUCAUCCUUACUUUGAGACACUUGGGGGUAUGUUCGUGAACCACGGGACAGCGGGCAGAUGGUUGGUUUAAUACGUGGGCGCAGACCUGGCAAGGGAUGACGAGAUGGAGCGGUUGGGAGGACAGCGUAGCGUUACUCAUCAUGUAUAACUUGAAGCGGGUAUCUUUUGCUGUCGUAUGUUUUCCGACGAGCGAAUAUACAGAAGGUUUCUUUCAACAG